AUGUCUUCCUGUCGUCUCCUGUGCCUGCUGGCUCUCACCUUCCUCCACAGCUCCGUGUCAGCCGAACAGCGGAGUCUCUCUGCAGAAAAUCUGCUGGUCAUCACCGCUGCAACAGAGGAAACAGACGGCUUCAAACGCUUCAUGAGGACGGCCCGAGAGUUCAACUACACUGUGAAGGUCCUGGGUCUGGGCGAGGACUGGAAAGGUGGUGACGUGGCUCGGACGGUGGGUGGAGGUCAGAAGGUCCGAUGGUUGAAGAAGGAGCUGCUCAAACACUCAGACAAGAAGGACCUGGUCGUCAUGUUCGUAGACAGCUACGACGUGAUCUUUGCGUCGGGCCCUGAGGAGGUUCUGUCCAAGUUCUUCCGUCUGGGUCACAGGGUGGUUUUCUCAGCUGAGGGCUUCUGCUGGCCCGACCAGAGGCUGGCCUCCAAGUACCCAGAGGUGCAUUCUGGGAAACGCUUCCUCAACUCAGGAGGCUUCAUUGGCUUCGCGUCAGAUCUCAGUACGAUCGUCCAGCAGUGGAAGUACAAAGACAACGACGACGACCAGCUUUUCUACACCAAGAUCUACCUGGACAAGACCCAGAGGACCAAGUUCAACAUGACUCUGGAUCAUCGCUCACGAAUCUUCCAGAACCUGAACGGAGCAGUUGAGGAAGUCGUCCUGAAGUUUGAGAGGGCGAAGGUCAGGGCGAGGAACGUUGCCUACGACACGCUUCCUGUUGUUAUCCAUGGCAACGGACCCACCAAGCUGCAGCUGAACUAUCUUGGUAACUACGUUCCGACAGUGUGGACCUUUGAGAACGGCUGUGCCAUCUGUGAUGACGACCUGCUGUUCUUCACCGACACACCUGACGAGGAGCUGCCGCUGGUGUACGUCGGAGUGUUUAUCGAACACGCCACUCCCUUCAUGGAGGAGUUCUUGGACCGACUCACGACACUCAACUACCCGACGACGAGGAUCCGCCUCUUCAUCCACAACAACGUUGUGUACCACGAGCGUCACAUCCAGAAGUUCUGGGAUCAGCACAGAGCUCUGUUCCCUGACGCCCUGCUGGUCGGACCGGAGGAGAACCUGCAGGAGAACAAGGCCAGAAACAUGGCUGUCGAGGCCUGUAAGAAGGACCCAGAGUGUGAUUACUACUUCAGCAUCGACUCCGACGUGGCCUUGACCAACCCCGACACACUGAGGAUACUGAUCGAGGAAAACAAGUCAGUCAUCGCUCCCAUGCUGUCCAAACACGGGAAGCUGUGGAGUAACUUCUGGGGCGCUCUGAGUCCAGAAGGGUUCUACUCCAGAUCUGAGGACUACAUCGAGAUCGUCCAGGGGAAGAGGAUAGGUCUGUGGAACGUCCCGUACAUCACUCAGGCCUACCUGAUCAAAGGCAGCGUGCUGCGGUCCAAACUUUCCCAGGUGAGCCUGUACGUGGACCAGGAGAUGGACCCUGACAUGGUGUUCUGCAGGAGCAUCAGAGACCAGGGCGUCUUCAUGUUCGUGUCCAACCGAGACGAGUUUGGUCGCCUGGUGGCGUCGUCCAACUUCAACACGUCCAGACUCCACCCGGACAUGUGGCAGAUCUUCGACAACCCUGUGGACUGGAAGGAGAAGUACAUCAGUGCGAACUACUCCAAGAUCUUUGAGGACAACACGAGUUUUGUGGAGCAGCCCUGUCCAGAUGUUUACUGGUUUCCAGCCUUCUCAGAGAAGAUGUGUGAUCAUCUGGUAGAGACCAUGGAAGACGACGGUGGAUGGUCUGGAGGAUCACACAAGGACGACCGUCUGGCUGGUGGUUAUGAAAACGUCCCCACAGUGGACAUCCACAUGAACCAGAUCGGCUUUGAGAAAGAGUGGCUCAAGUUCCUCAAAGACUACAUCGUCCCGGUCACAGAGAAGCUCUACCCGGGAUAUUACCCCAAGGCUCAGGCCAUCAUGAACUUCGUGGUGCGUUACCGACCCGACGAGCAGCCGUCUCUCCGACCACAUCACGACUCGUCCACCUUCACCAUCAACAUCGCCCUGAACAGUAAAGGCAUCAACUACGAGGGCGGAGGCUGCAGGUUCCUGCGGUACGACUGUAAGGUGGAGGCUCCCAGGAAGGGCUGGUCCUUCAUGCACCCCGGCCGGCUGACACACUACCACGAGGGUCUGCCCACCACCAAAGGGACCAGAUACAUCAUGGUGUCCUUCGUAGACCCCUGAGACUGUGUGUGUGUGUGUGUGUGUGUGUGUGUGCGCAUUAGUCGACCUCAUCAUCACAGAUGGAGACGGACGGAUGGACGGUUAGACGUGAUGACCUUGAACAUCAUUUCAGAACAUAUCACAACUUUUUUAUUUUAAUUUUAAAGUGUGUCUUAUUUCUGAUUGGAUGAUCCACUUUCACACCUGACUCACCUGUGGCCGAUCACACAAAUCAUUUCAGGACCCUGAACGCAUCACCGUGGGACAUUUUCAGAAUAAGAGUCUCUUUAUUUUUUCUCCUAGUUUUGCAACUGUGGCAUUUCAAAAUAAGAGUCUCUGUGGAGGUUAAAAUCACUUUGUCACCAUGCUGCCUUAUCACAUGACACUACCUGAACCUAUGCAAGCAGUGUGUGUGUGUGUGUGUGUGUGUGUGUGUGUGUGUGUGUGUGUGUGUGUGUGUGUGUGUGUGUGUGCUGUUACACUCCAUCAAACUCUACCACAGCAGCAGCUGUUUCAGCCCAAUCAGGUGGCUCAGAAGCGUAACAGUGAAUGUUUAAUGAGCAGAGAAGGUAAAAGUGAGUCCAGUGAGAAUGUUUCACAGAGAAAAACCAAGUGUAGACUGUUUGUAAAUGUUUAAAUGUUGGGGAGGAUUUAAAACUGUUACUGAGAAACUUUUAUAUUUCCAUGUUUCAUCGUCUUUGUUUGGUGUUUGAAGUUCAUUUCCUUGUUUCCAUCAUGUAGUUUUCCAUCACGGUGCUGUGAGCCCGACGUCUCCUCACACACCUCCCUGUGUGUGUGUGUGUGUGUGUGUGUGUGUGUGUGUGUGUGUGUGUGUGUGUGUGUGAGGACGUACGAGGUUUCCACCCGACGCUGCCUGUAGUUUUCUCUCCAUGCGUGCCUGUCGAUACGAGGAGUCAGCGCUCUCUGGCUUUGUACAAACUGCAUUAAAUUAUUUGUCAAUGAGCGAUUAAAGUUUUGAGAUUUUAAUAAAUAAUGUAACUGUGACA